AUGUCUCUCUUUUUGUUUUGGUUUCAUUGCAGGGUUGUAAAGAUAAGAAGAGUUCAAGUUAUGGCGGAUAUGAUUAGCCUCUUUAAAGAUGAAACUGUAAUGGACACCCCACUCAACGUGCUCAUGAUUAAUGCUUUUGGGAAAGAAGAGAACGGCGUGGACAACAAUGGUGUUUUCCUUGACGCUCUUUCCUCAUUUUGGGCCGCCUUCUAUGAAUCUUGUACAAAUGGGGAAGAGGAGAGAGCUCCCGUCAUAAGACACGACUUCCAAGUUUCAGAGUGGGAGUCAAUAGGAAGAAUAAUUGUCAAAGGUUACAAGCAAGUGAAAUUUUUCCCUGUCAGAUUAAACAGAGCCUUUAUGACAGCCAGUCUCUUCGGCGAAAGCGCCAUAACCAAUGAACUGUUGAUAGACUCAUUCCUGGCCUAUCUCAGUAAAGAUGAAAGAGAAUUGGUCAAGCUCGCUCUGAAUAAGGGAUUGCAUAAGGAACACGAGGAGGAAUGGCUGGAACUGUUGGAUCGGUUUGGGUGCAAGACCAUUCCCAAUGCGGAGCAAGUCGGAGAUAUCGUCUUGGAAAUAGCCCAUAAAGAGUUGGUCCAAACGCCAAGAUACAUCAUCGACAGCUGGAGUACACCGUUACUUGUGCUUCAGCAAGAAUUUCAGUCACCAGAUCUGCUUCAGCAGUUCUUUGAAAGAGGAAAACCGACCACUAAGAGGGUGAUAGCACUUUUAGAUGCAAAUGCUGAAACCAAUGCUCAAAGGGAGACCAUGUCCUACCUGAAGCAAUAUGUACGUGGACUGGAGAGUGAGAAAUUGACGAAGUUCCUCCGAUUUUGCACCGGUUCCAAUAUGAUGUGCGUGGAGAAGAUCACCAUCUCAUUCAACACUUUAGAGGGUGCUGUUAGACGACCUGUGGCACACACUUGCGGAGCAGUGCUGGAUCUCCCUACUACAUAUCCAUCCUUUCCUUUGUUCCGCAAAGAGUGGAACAUUGUCCUGUCGUCUGAGUAUUGGGACAUAGAUUUCCUUUAG